ACUGACGCAGCCGGCUGUCAGUCAUGCGUGUUCUUCAUCCUGAUUGGCAAAGCUAGCCGUCAGUCAGGUUGGAACACCACCCCUCUCGCUGUGUUUUCCUGCGGCUGGUGGGGGGAAGGUGGGUAGCAGUUUGUGUUUGUGUGGAGUCGCAGCUCCUUUGGGCUCGGUUCCUUCUCCGGGCCUUUUUCAAAAAAAAUCUCACACACCAUAUACACACAGCCCAACUCCUUCCUUCGUCUCUCAGACCGAACACAGCCGGCACAUGCUGCAGUUAGUUAGAAAUUCGGACUGAAGCCGCUCCGACUCUCGCUACCCGAGAUCGACACUGAUUCUGAGGGAGCGAAAGGGGCCGAUAUAUGUUUUAACAAAAGUAAGAGAGGAGGGAGGAACAACAGCAACAAAAAGAGAGACUAAAACGCAAAGUGCCGAGUCCAGAAGGGGGUCUCGGAACAUGGCGGCGGCGCCGAGGAAUCCACGUAGCAACGUGAAAAAGGGUCGGAUCCUGGGGCUGAUCGACGCCAUCCAGGACGCGGUGGGGCCACCGAAGCAGGCGGCCGACAAGCGCAUGGUGGAGAAGACCUGGAAGCUGAUGGACAAAGUGGUGAGGCUGUGCCAGAACUCCAAGCUGCAGCUGAAAAACAGCCCUCCGUACAUCCUGGACAUCCUGCCGGACACUUACCAGCACCUCCGGCUCAUCCUGUCCAAGUACGAGGACCGAAUGCAGGUCCUGAGCGAGAACGAGUACUUCAAGAUCUACAUUGACAGCCUGAUGAAGAAAUCCAAGCGGGCCAUCAGGCUGUUCAAGGAGGGCAAAGAGAGGAUGUAUGAGGAGCAGUCUCAGGAUAGUGGGUGCGUGGAGCUUAGAGUCUCUAAUCAAGGAAUCCUUCCCUCCAGUCAAACAAAGGAAAAGAAAGCAGAUGAUAACAUUUUGAUUAACAAACUAGACACUACAACCAUGUGCACGGGAUUGACAGAUGACUUGCAGCUGGUGAUUAACACAGAAGAAGGCUGUGGUUAG